UCAAUGUGGCAGUGACGAGAGCAAAAUCCCUGCUCAUCAUGGUGGGAAACCCCAUCAUUCUACAGACAGACGCAACCUGGGGCAGAUUUAUUCAUUACUGCAUUGAGAAGGGAGGUUAUACUGGAUAUGAUAUUUCCAAUUUGGAGGAAACAGAGGCGGUUGUUGAGCGCCUGCUCGCUCUAAACAUCCAUGAGGAGACCAUAGUGAAAACAGAGGAGAGUGUGGUCCAGCAAUAUCUGAAUCCUGAGUGGAGACAUGACCAUUAAAUGAAGUGCUAUUGUUAAAGCGCCUCCUAGUCAGGCCACUCUCAUUAGCAUAACCACACCCCUUUUCCCUUCCACUUAGAAUGGGAAAGUCUUAAUGAACUUAGAAGUUUCAUUUUAAAUCUAAAGCUGCACUAUGAUAUAUAAACAUUGUAUUAAACUAAAGGAGUAAGUUUUUUGGAAAUCAGUGCUACAUGACUAGAGAAAACAGAAAAAGAGCUGGUUGAAAAUCUACAAACUAUUCUCAGGGCUUUGCAUGCAAUGUUGCCUAUAUUGAAUGAAAAGAUUUUAUAAGAUAUUUGAAAGAAAAUGCAUUAAUCUGUACCACAGACAUUAUGAAACACAUGGUUGAUAAUUAAUUGAUUACUGCCCUGAAAUAAGUGCCUUAUUUUAUAAAAUUAUCAAGCAACCCAGGAAUGUUAAUUUAAUAAUGCUUA